AUGCAGAUGAUGCUCAGGGGCAUCGAGCCCGUCUUCGAAAGCCUGUUCGAUGACCGCCAAACCGAACUGGUGGCGCCGCUGAUGCAAGAUCUGCCAUUGAUCCAGGGCGGGCAGGCAGACGCCGCAGUCGAGGCCAUAUCGGGCCUGCGGCCACUCUGCGUGGAUCUGAUCGCCGUGGAAUACUACCAACAGCUGCUCGGCAUCGCCCAUGAAGCUGCCCGCCAGACCAUGGUGUUGCUGCACUCUCACUGGAUCGCGCUCUCGCAGGUCAUGGCGUUCAUCAUGGAUAGGGAGCUGGACGUGCGGGAGAAGCAGCCAGCACAGCAGGACAGUAGCAUGGACCCGAGCUUCAUCCGCUGGCUCGAGUGCCUCAGCGCGCGGGUCGACGGCAGACACGCCGUGUACAACCAGUGGCCGCCAGACGGAGGAAUGCUCGGAGACUGGGGCGCUGCUCUCGAGUUGUCGCAGGCCGAGGGCUCCUGGCAGUAG